AUGACGUCCCUGGGCCAUUCGCGAGCGACCAGCCUGGUCGACACCCGCAACCGACCCAUGGCCACCAGCGGCGCCUUCAAUCCUCCGCCGCCCUCAGGCCGCAAUGGAGGCGAUUCCAGGCCCGGCGGGGCCCCGAUCCCGCACAUUGAUGAUAUCCUGGGGGCUCCCAGAGACAUCGACAUAAACCAGUCUAUCCGCAGGUUGUUGGAAUCGGCCGAGGCAUCGCUGCGACAGGCGGAGAUGAGCCGCGACUUCAAGAGGCCUGCGCUGGCCUUGAAAGACUAUAUUCGAGCGUCUGUUAUUGCGAUCCAGACAAUCCGUAAUCACCGAGACUAUGCCUCCCUCAAGGGCGACCACAAUGACCUGGCACGAGCACACAGUUCCCUGCUCAAGAAGAUUAGCCAGCAAGAUGCCACCUUUGCGAGGAUCAAGCAAGACAUUAUCGCAGACAACAAGAGGACCGGCGUGCGGCCCACCAGCCACAAACCCGGAUCGUCCCAGGAGAAUGGUGUUGGCUCUCGGUCCAGAUCUCCCGUCAAGGCGACGCAAGAUGUCGGCUCAUCACUAUCCUCGGUGAACCGAUCACCUGCUGCGUCUCCGCGAUCGAGCAUGAACGGGUCUCCGGCAAGAGCCAGGCCAAGUAUCCAACCGAAGCCCCAAGCUCUCCACGGGAAUGCAAUCAGCUCAGCCCGUUCGAGUUUGAGUCUUUCUGUCUCUGCCGCCCAGGAGCUUGCCGCUCGCUUCGCCAAUCUCAGAGGCCCUCAAGCGUCUCCAAGCCCCCAAGCAUCCCCAGGCCAGGAUCCCCGCAUCAAGACACACCAAAUCAUCCCCCCCAAGCCUGCCGGCCCUCGAGAGAUGCCACCGCCACCGCCGAGACCACCAAAGAUUGAUAUCAAUACCAAUAUGCCGAGUUUACCCAAGAUGCCGGAUGCAAUCUACAGCCCCCGCGGAAGCAUUUCAGGAGAAACACCGAGACCUCCAGGCACAACUCGUGCUGUGUAUAAUCGAAACGGCACUACGACCCCCUCUGUUCCCGGCACCCCUACACAACAGUCACAGGCCCAGGCUGAUUACUUUGCGCCAGCCCAGAGCUAUUCCAACAUAUCAAUACCCCCUACACCACCUGAGAAUGCUAUGAAAGUACCAGAAGGAGAUUCAAUAACAUCCGAUCAGCUGUACCAGGCCAUGAAGGCGAAAGGCUCCAUUCUGGUCAUCGACACCCGGCUUCGAGAAGAUUUCAAUGAAGGUCACAUCAUGUCUUCGUCGACCAUCUGCAUUGAGCCGAGCGUCUUGCUUAGGGAGAAUCUUUCCGCGGAUCAGAUAUCCGAGAGUCUGGUGUUGUCCCCGAACCAGGAAGAGUCACUAUUUGAGCAGCGAGACAAGUAUGACCUAGUUGUCUUUUACGACCAGGAAUCCGAAGAAGUCCCCAAGAAUCCCCGUAGUUCUGACGACCUGGUUCUCGUUUCACUUCGACGAGCGUUGGUAGAUUACAACUAUUCGAAAGACCUCAAGAAUCCCCCCAAGAUUUUGAAAGGAGGUCUUGAUGCCUGGGUGGAUUUAAUGGGCCCUGCAUCACUACAGUCAAGUACGCAAACUAUCACACCCAAACCAACCAAGCGAAUCCGAAGCAGUACGAUUGAGCGGACAAAGUCGAAGUAUGUUGUCAAAGCCUUGAAACCAGACGAUGUCAAGGCUUGGCAAGAGACUUUGAAGAAUGAGGACAUGGAGACGGCAACCUCGCCCAACUUCCUCCGGUCCCAGGAGGAGUUUCUCAGGAGGUUUCCGCCCGUGGCUAUGGAGCAAGAGUCCAUGUCAUCGCAGGAACAGUCGCAGGGCCGGCCAGCAUACGGGCUAUCCCAUAAAGUCGAUUUAUAUACCGACCUCCCUUCACCUCCAACUAGACCCGCCCCGGCCCUGCCACGGCCAAGCUACAAUGGUCUGACGGAGGGUGCGGAUGAGAGGGAGCUUUACGGGAAAGCCAACGGAACGCCGACAAACCGGCAGGUAACCCGUGCGCCCGUGAAGGCCGUAGAGCAACCGCCAGCGGUCGACAACACUAAGUUUUACACGGGACUCAAUAACCCCAAUAACUGGUGCUACGCAAACAGCACCCUGCAGUGUCUCCUGGCCUCACCUGAGUUUGGAAGGGAGCUAGCGGACUCGACUUGGAUAUCUAAGUACAAGGCGCCGAAAAAGGACGACGAGAAGAUUGAACAUCCUCAGCUGAUGAUUCGAAUCAUCACCAACCUGUUUCACUGGAUGAGCUCUGGCAAGUUCCAGGUCAUGAAAGCCCAGACGUUGAUGAAUUACUCGCGCCACCUCUGUAAACAAGCCCAGGGCCUUGAGCCGUUUGGUGGAGAUCAGCAGCAGGACGCACAGGAGUUCAUGUCAUUUCUUCUCACUCACCUCCAUGACGAGACCAACACGCGGCGAGACCGCAAGGGGCAUGUCGAACAGCCCGACACCAAGCGCCAGUCGCUGCUCCAGGCGGCGGGCGAGUACUGGCACAACCACAUCGGCCUCAACCAGUCCAUCAUCGACCGGUACUGGCGCGGCCUCGAGCUGUCGACAGUCAAGUGCGAGGAGUGCCACACCAAGACGUACUCCUUUUCGCCCUUUGAAUGGAUCCCCGUCACCGUGAAUAGAGGCCUCAGCAUGACGCUCGACGAGGUUCUCGGAGAGCACACGGCCGGGAACCAUCUGAGCGACUUCUCCUGCGACAAAUGCCGUCGUCCCACCCGCGCCCUCCAGUCCCUCUCCUUCGCCCGCAUGCCCUCGCUCCUCUGCGUCUGCCUCCGUCGCUUCCAGUACCAGCCGGCCUAUGGCAAGUCAGUCAAGUCGUCGGCGCCCAUCACAUGGGAUUUCAACGACACUGACAUGUCGCGCUACUUCCUCACGUCUGCCGACCAGACCCCGACCAACGGGACCACGGGCCCCACGGACCCGGCCUUUGCGGCGCCGUUCCGCUACGAGACGUAUGCCGUCAUCAUCCACGAGGGCAGCACCACCAACAGCGGCCACUACACGGCGUACGUCCGGGAUUCGUCUUCGCACGACCCCUACGCCUGGUUCUACUGCAACGAUUCGAGCGUGACCAAGGUUCGUAUCGGCAGCGGCGACCGUGACGACGUCCAGGAGGCCGUCUUCAAGACCCGCCGUGACAAAGUCCCCUAUCUCAUCUUCUUCCGCCGCAAGGGCAUGCGGUGA